UCUGUGUUGUCUCUUGUCUUGUGUCUCGUCUGCUCGAGUUGGGGAGGAGGUACGACGGGGAGGAGGGAGGAUGGUGGGGGGACGAGGAGUGGGGCGGAGGCAGGAGAGGCAGGCCCUGAUGGCGGCGUUCGCGGUGGCUCUGCUGAUGGGCACCGCCGUCUACUUCCGCAUCUGGGCCCGCCAGUCCAGCGACCCCUCUUUCACAGCCGACGACCGCGAAGAGCUACGGAGGCAAUUUGAACGGGCAAACCUAGAAGCAAUGGAUGAAUCUGCCGAAUGGAGAAUGAAAUAUGAUACAGAAUUCGGGAAAAACAGGCAGUUGCAAGAUGAACUUUCAAAGGUUAAGGCCUUGUUGGCUGCUUCGACCAGGCGUCUUGAGUUGUUGCAAAAGGAUAAUGAGAAGCUGAAGAGGCAGACUGAAUCAUUGAGACAGCAAUGCAAUUGCACUGUUCCAUUGAACAUUACACAAGAUUGAGUACAAGACAGGAGUUUCUAGCUUCUUUGGCAGAUUGGCACAUAAUUUUCUUGUUAACUUGUCUUUGAACUGGAGGGAGGACAGUUAAAUUGAGACAUGGAGUAGGAGAAUUGGAGAAAUGGCUAGUGUUUCUAUGUUUGUUGCUGAUAGUGAGCAAUGCAAAUUGCAGGAGAUACAAUCUAAGAGAUAGCUCUUAGCUCCUUUUUUGAGCAAGGAUCAAUUCACAGUUUCUAAUGUUCUCGGUGUCCGUAAAUAUGCAUUGUAUCGAUGGUCAUUGCCGUUCCUUCUGUUAGAGAGCUGUGUGCUUCCUAUUUGUACAAAUACUUCACUGACCUCUGCUAAUCCAUCUGACCGAAAAAGGUUAGAAAUUGGAUUAUAGCAUAUUGAAAGGACUGCUUAUUUC